AUGCCGUCAUCUCGCGUCAAGCGCCUUGUGUUGAUUUACACAACAGGUUCCCUAGAGGACCAUUACAAUAUCAUUUGUGCUAAUGCCGCCAUAGGCCUUGUCCGGCAUCGUAAGAACAGCACAAUCGCAGUCUCACGCUCGACUCGACUAAGCAAUCUGGAUCUCGUCCACCACAUUUCCCAUCCUAACAUUGCCACAAUCCAUGCCAUAUUUCUAGACGAGAAGAAGAGUCACGUCAUUUACGAACAUCUCGUAAUAGACUUAGCGAGCCUUUUCUUAACAACAGAAGUGGAACUAGCAUCCGCCUUAUCUCAGCUUCUCGAUGGUAUUCAGCAUCUGAUCGCCAAUGGCGUUCCGUUCUCUGCAGACAGCGUCCAAGUCUCCCUGUUAGGAAUAGUGAAGAUAGUGUUGAACAUCGGCUUUCGACCUUGUGACAAUUUAGUGGUGGAUCAGCACUACUGGGCCACCGUCUGUACUGAUAACUGCUUAGACGCGGAACACUGCCGGAUCGAUCUCACAGCUUUCUGCAUCAAUCGCAUGGGCCCGAAGGCUUGUUAG